AGGCGUUCACUAGAUGAAGUGAUGGCGACUGGGACGCCAGAUUCUCAAGCGCGAUUCGGUCAGUCUGUGAAGGGGCUCCUCACAGAGAAGGUGAACACCUGUGGUACGGACGUCAUCGCGCUCACUAAGCAGGUGUUGAAGGGCUCCCGGAGCUCCGAGCUGCUAGGUCAGGCAGCUCGAAACAUGGUACUACAGGAAGAUGCCAUCUUGCACUCAGAAGAUAGCUUAAGGAAAAUGGCAAUAAUAACAACACAUCUCCAAUACCAGCAAGAAGCUAUUCAGAAGAAGUAAGUAACCCCAAAGUGUUGAGCAGUCUUCUGAUCUACAGGACCAGCUGAAUCAUCUGCUGAAAUAGUGCAGCUUGUAAGAGGGCAAAAGCACUUCUGUGCCGACACUGAGAAGGAAAUCUUUUACUUAACCACUGUGCUAUGGGUUUGACUUUCCAUUUUCUUCUCCAAAAGUUAAGUUAGAACAGAUUUGUGAUGGUGUAUAAUUCCUCCUGAAAGAAGCUAGGUGGUUGAAUUUUGGAAGUACUUCUUGAAGCAGAGUAACCCAUGGUCUUACUGAAUUUUUUAAUUGCUCUGUUUAGUUUGAUGUUAAAGUAAAAUUAAAAGAGGUCUUAGUUUUUCCCCUAGAACUUUCAUAUGUCAAAAGCCACAUCAACUAAAUAUGAUCCUUAAGCAAAUACUGAAUAAUGUUUUAAAUUCAGAAUUAGGGAUUCUAUUGUGAAAACAUAGGACUAAUUAAUAUUCUUUUUUAAAGACUUUUUUCUUUUAAUCAUACAUUCAGAAAUGGUAAUAGGUAAUACCUGUUCCUCCCCUCCCCUCCCCUCCCCUCCCCUCCCCUCCCCUCCCCUCCCCUCUCAGAGGAAAUACUUAUUUUAUUCAUUGUAGCAAAUUCCUGAAUGAAAGGUAGGCAAAUGGUAUCAUAUCUGGCCAGCUGCAGUCUCCUCCCUUGACUUGUAUUCCUAGAGUUUCUUUGUUAUUACUUUUGAUUAAUUGGCGUUGGGUUCAUUUAAAAAUUUUGCUAGUCAUCAGCAAAUUCACUUGUAGAACAUUACUGCCAAAUGCAAAGGCAGUUGAAUUACUGGGAAUGAUUGCAGCAUAGGGUCCUGCCAUGGUGAAAACCUUAUGUUUUCAGAUACUUACCCAUGUUUAUUUAACUCAUCUUACUAAAAGGCAUUGCCUUUGAAUGUCUUUGCUUUGUUUGAAUUUUAAAUGGGACUCUAUCAUGUUCUAGUUAGUUCUUCACUAAGGAAUUGGGAGAAAGCUGACAGGAAACUGGUGUCUUCACUGAAAGAAAAAAAAAGCAAAUAAGAGUCCAAUUUAAUUCAUAUUGUAUAUCGAGCCAGCUAAUCAUAUUAGAUUGUAUUUAUUCCUCAUUUUACCUAUACACAUUAAUUUAAAGUAAAAGAAAGGAAUGAAGGAAUUCAGUUAUGCUAUUCAUUCUGUAAACACUCAUUACAAUUAUUAAAUGUAAAUGGGCUCAGUUCACCUUCAAAAAGAAGGGUCACAAAUUUCCAGCAAAUGUCAUGUUAAGAGUAAAACAUUUGAGGGGUGCCUGGGUGGCUCAGUUGGUUGAGCAUCUGACUCUUGAUUUUGGCUCAGGUUUAAUCUCAUGGUUCAUGGAAUAGAGCCAACACUGUGAGCCUGCUUGGAAUUAUCUGUCUCCCUCUCUCUCUGUCCCUGCCCUGUUCCCUCUCUCUUCCUCAAAAAUAAAUUAAUUAAAAAAAAAGAGUAAGACAUUUGAAGCAUUAUUGGAGGAUGUUACCAACACUGUUUCUAUUCAACAUUUUGCUGGAGGCCGUAUCUAGUGCAGAAAUUAAAAAUAAAUAUGGGGCACCUCGGUGACUCAGUUGGUUAAGCGUCAGACUUCGGCUCAGGCCAUGAUCUUGCGGUGAGUUUGAGCUCCGUGU